UGGAUGAUAUUUUACUUUUAUACAAGGGUUUGUUUACCUGAUAUUGAUACAGCUUCAAGGGUUUACUAUGAAACAAAUGGUGUAUCCAUGGAAGACAUGUGAAACUAUCUGGUGUUCUCAUGGACUAACCAAGGGUUCACUGGUUUACCUUAAUUGUCCUGUCCAAUUUAUGUUUAAAUCUACAAAGAUGGAGAUGCUAUUUUGCUCAACGGUAGUUGAUAUUUCUUUCUUACUUGAGCCAAUGGUUCUAACUAGAAAGAUCUUUAAGGCAUGGAAUUCUUGUUCUCAAAAAUCCAAAGGUGAGGAGACUGGCGAGCACACUCUAGCAAUGCUUAAGGCAGAGAAAGAAGGACUAGAAUCACCACUUCACAAUGAGAAAUGGUUGUUUGUCCAGCUAAAGCAAAAACUAGCAUAUGCAGAAGCUUAA